UACAACAAUAAACGCCAAACCCAACUGCGAGGACAGUGCACAAGAGCCAAGUGCAGGAGAAGCGAUAAUCAAAACGAAAGUCAACAUUAACUCCAAUACUUCGUACAUUGUUGUUUCCCCGAAAGCAUAGGAAUUGGAAUAUUUUCAUGUCGUGCAUUGGUUAUUCAAUAUUUUUGAAACAUUGAAGUUUUAAUAUGAGCGCAAGUACCAAACGCAGAAGGAAGAACGCUAGAUCGAUAUCAUCGUCGUCAGGCUCUGAUUCUGAGGACAACAAUAACAACAACAGUAGGCUUCCCAGCAGCCGCCGUCAUCAGUCGCGGAAUAACGAUGACGUCGAGGUCACUCCAUCAAAUGCAAAGAGGCAGUCGUUUCGGAUUUUGCGGAAACAACACAAACCAGGUUUUGUUCUUCCAACACGAGACUCUGUUUGGAACCAAAUUCCGGAUGAAGCUUCACCCAAUAAAAGUCUGAAACGUAUUACUCCAAAGAAAACUGUGAAUAAUUUUACGAAAUUGUACAACAACUAUAACUUUGAUGACUAUGAGGAUACAAGUGAUGAUGUCUCUUUGGCCUCAGAUAACUCAAACUCUGAUGAUUCCAAGCAAGAAAAGACCAGAAAACAUCGGAUUAAGAAUUAUCACAAAAGGAUCAAGUUGCAGUCAAGCUCUAGUGAAGAAGAAAAAGAAGAAAGGGAAAAAGCCUGUGUAGCUGGUUCAUCAGUGACUGAGGAGAAACUGGAAUCUUCAGUCAGGAACAUUGAUGCACCAUUCUCUCAGGGGGAAACUCAGCCCUCUGAAGAAAGUGAUGAUGACCCAGUGUGCUCAAAGACACACAACACAAGCAAGAACUGUUCCAUACUUAGGAGUGAUGAUGAUAGUGAGGAUGAUACAAAGGAGAAGGGUGGUGAUGACGAUGAUGUAAAGGAUAAAAAUAAAGAUGAUGACGGUGGUUAUAGUAAAAAUGACAAUGAUG